AAGGCAGCACACACCAACCCCCGAAAACUCAUUCAUCACGAGCUGUAUCCGUGUCAGGCUAACCGUUGGCUUUGCGCGCUAACAGCGACAUGUGUUUUUACUAAAUAAGUCGGUCGUAACGACACCCGUACGGCUGUGUGUAUGUAGCCGUAUUAUUAGCAGAAAAAUAUUUCCAGCUCGAACGACACUUUCCUGCCCGUUGUACUGGGAACUAACGACUCGUGUUAUGGGAGAGCUACGGAGGUCAGACGAGCGGUGGGCUGUCAACAGUAAUGUCCGAGCGAAACGAACCUGCUGCCGACUUGACAGCCGUCUUUUGAUAUUAUUGCACUGAUAAACUUACAAUUAAAUCAUGCCUGGGAAACUGAAGGCCAAAAUUGUGGCAGGGCGCCACUUGCCUGUGAUGGACAGAGCCAGUGACCUUACUGAUGCAUUUGUAGAGGUUAAGUUUGGAAACACAACUUUCAAAACUGACGUCUGUCCCAAGUCUCUCAAUCCACAGUGGAACUCAGAGUGGUUCAAAUUUGAGGUUGAUGAUGAGGACUUGCAGGACGAGCCAUUGCAGGUCACAGUGUUGGACCACGACACAUACAGUGCUAAUGAUGCCAUAGGGAAAGUUUACAUUGACAUCGACCCGCUGCUGUGCAGUGAGGCUGCUUCUGUCAUCUCUGGCUGGUUUCCGAUCUAUGAUACCAUCCACGGUAUCCGAGGGGAGAUCAAUGUCCUUGUCAAAGUUGAGCUUUUUAAUGAUUUGAACCGAUUCAGACAGUCCUCCUGUGGAGUCAAGUUCUUCUGCACCACAUCCAUACCACGGUGCUACCGGGCAGCGAUGGUGCACGGAUUUGUGGAGGAACUUGUGGUGAAUGAAGAUCCAGAGUACCAGUGGAUUGACCGUAUUAGAACUCCUCGGGCCUCCAAUGAGGCCCGUCAGAGGCUUAUUUCUCUUAUGUCUGGAGAGCUGCAGAGGAAAAUAGGGCUUAAGGUACUGGAGAUGGGUGGAAACGCAGUGGUGGGCUACUUGCAGUGUUUUGACCUGGAGGGAGAGUCUGGCCUGGUGGUUCGGGCUAUAGGUACUGCCUGCACACUGGACAAACUCAGCUCUGGAAGCGCCCCCAACACCGCAACACAUACGCACCCUAACACUGCCCCUGCCUCCAAUGCCUGUAAUUCCCCUUCAAAGGAUGGAAAGGAGCCGGUAUUUGGUGAGGACCUGCUCUCGUCCUCUGGCCCACCAACCCCUUUCAGAGCACUACCCACCUCCUCUUCCUCUCCUCCCCCCCUCUCUCCCUCCAAGCCAUGCAGCCGCCAGUCCUCAUCAUCAGACACAGACCUCAGUUUGACGCCCAAGACGGGAAUGGGCAGCGGGGGCAGCGCUGGGAAGGAGGCCGGGCCUCUGAAGACCCUGCUUAGACAACAGACGCAGACAGCUCUUGAGCAGAGGGAGUUCCCCUUCUUCACCUUGACGUCUUUCCCACCUGGUUUUCUGGUUCAUGUGGGUGGAGUGGUCAGCGCUCGCUCUGUCAAACUGCUGGACCGUAUACACAACCCUGAUGAGCCAGAGACUCGCGAUGCCUGGUGGGAGGAGAUUCGCCAGGAGAUCAAAUCUCAUGCCAAAGCUCUUGGUUGCCAUGCUGUUGUGGGGUACAGCGAGAGCACUAGCAUCUGCGAGGAGGUGUGUAUCCUGUCAGCAUCAGGCACAGCAGCCAUCCUCAACCCUCGGUUUAUGCGUGAAGGCUGCCUAGACAUUGGGAUCGUUGACCACAGGUUUGAGGACCCGUCACCCCCGAGUUGUGGCUUCUGUCACAUCCCGUACGAUGAACUCAACAUGCCCUUUCCAACCCAGCUCACCUACUGUUACCACUGCAGACGACAAAAGGUUCCUGAUGUGCUCUUCACAACAAUCGACAUGCCACCAGAGGCAGCUGUCACAGGGAAGGGCUGCCUUAUCCAGGCCAGGCUGUGUCGUCUAAAAAAGAAGGCCCAGGGUGAAGUGAAUGCAACGGCCAUCUCCAACCUGUUGCCUUUCAUGGAAUACGAGCUCCACACUCAGCUGAUGAACAAACUGAAGCUGCGGAGCAUGAAUGCUCUGUUUGGCUUACACAUCCAGAUCAGUAUCGGAGAGAACAUGCUCCUGGGUCUGGCUUCUGCUACAGGAGUCUACCUGACAGCCCUACCGGCACCUGGGGGCAUCCAGAUAGCAGGAAAGACUCCGGGUGACCUGAGCAAUGAGCACCAUAUCCUGACCAUCCAGAAACGGAUCAACGACACCAUAGCCAAGAACAAAGAGAUCUAUCAAAUAAACCCUCCGAAAUUAUUUGCCCUGGACCCUGAGGUGUUCUGCGGCACAAACAUGGAGCUGACAGAGGAAGUGGUGGGCUCUCCGAUUCCUGAGCCAAGGCAACGUUCCAGACUUUUCCGCUCACACUCGGAAAGCUCAGACGAAGUGUCAGAACUGGACCUCUCACAUGGAAAGAAGGAUGCCUUCGUCCUGGAGAUUGAUGACACUGAUGCUGUGGAGGACAUCCAUUCCCUCCUCACUGACGCUACGAUCCCUGCAGGGUUCAACAGCUGCAACACUGAGAUCAUGCCUGGAAUCUACAACUGGACAUCAGCAGUUCAGAUGUUUACAUCAGUGAGGGUCUUUAGGUUGAGUAAUGCCAAUCUCACUAACCAAGGCUUGAACAAGAUCUUCACCGACCUAUGCGAGAAUCUGCUGAAGAGUUUUUACUUCAAGCUGCGCUCUAUGAUCCCCUGCUGUCUUUGUCAUCUCAACUUUACCGUAGCAGUGCCAGAAGAGGAACUCAUACAGGUCGCAGUGACAGCGGUUGCUAUGACGUAUGAUAAAGACCAGACUCAGGAGAAGCCAACAGAAAAGCCCAUCACCAAAGGGUGCAUCGAGACUGAAGAGCAGCUGCAGUUUCCCAUGGAGUUGAGCGCAGACUCGUCAUCCGCCAACACUCAGUCGUCGUCCAAAAUCUCAGGUGUCCAAGAGACUACCAACGUCUCAUCUAGAGCUGCCUCCGUUGAUUACGGUUCCUUUGCAGACAGAUGCAGCACCUGGCUAGAGCUGCUUAGGCUGAAAGCUCACACCAUAAGACGAGGAUCAGUUAAGACAAGUAGGAGGACACAGUCUCUAGCACACUCUGUUUCAUCGUUGGAGCGCUCCAGUCCGGUGCCUGAUGGACGUUCACGCUCACUGCGCUCCACCCGCGGGUUUGGAGGCAGUUCGGUCACCGUGGUGAAGAUGACACCUCUCUCCUUCCUGCCUGGGACGCGCAUCAUUAAAUACCUUGGCAUCAUCAACAUGUUUUUUAUCAGAGAGACAACAUCGUUGCGGGAGGAAGGUGGUGUCAGUGGCUUCCUUCAUUCAUUCAUAGCAGAAGUGUUUGCGAUGGUUCGAGCCCAUGUAGCAGCCCUGGGUGGGAAUGCAGUAGUGUCCUACAGCAUGAAAGAGUGUGUGUUUAUGGAAAAUCCAAACAAGAACCAGGCUCAGUGUCUCAUCAAUGUGAGUGGUGAUGCUGUCAUCUGUGUCAGGGAAACCGACCAGGAGUCCGUCCCCUCAAAUAUCGGACAGACCUGCACGAGCGAAACGGACGGGGCUACAUGACAGUAAAAUCAAGGCUCACUUUUCUGCAGAGCACACAAUCUGAGUCUAGCCGUCCAAAUUUAAGUCAUUUAUGUCUGCCUUAAAACUCUGUAAAAGAUCCAAAGGUUUGGACACAGGUAAUAAAGAACAAGUACUCAUACACUUUAACACAUGCAGUCUGUGUUAACAGAGGAGUGCAGGAUGUUUCCAUUUGUAUAAAGACAGCAUGUGUGCAGGAGAUACUGAUGCAGCUCUUUGGGAAUUAGGUCAUCUGAGAGUGUUUGAAGACUUACAAUAACAGCCAAAGGACCCCACUGUAUCUAACUUUUGCCUAUGUAUUGCAGCCGUCCAUAUUGGGGUCACUCAAAGCAACAGUAUGUUGGCCAUCCUGUGAGGCUUGAGGCAGCUAUGACUAAUUUGUCCAUCCGCAGCUCCCAGGAGGAGUCAUUAAAUGGUCAUGCCAAAAGGGACACAGUAGUGUACCAUGGAAUAAUUGUAUAAUAACAAUGAAGUCGAAUUCUCACUCAGUGUUAGUCUGUUUCCCAUCUGUUCAUUUCACAGCGGUCACAUAAUGGCAGUCAGGCAAGGCAAGUAUUUAAUUUUCAACUUCCUGAAAGUAGUAUCUUCUAGAAAUUUUGAAUCUAAAAUCCAAAUAAUCCAGAUAACCAUGUGAUGCCAUUUUUUAAAGGAAUAAUCUCCUAGAUAAUUUUCUAACUUAGAAUUUUGUAUUGAUUUUUCUGAUUGAUAACCCUCCUAAUUACUGUCACUAUUGCUCACAGGCAGUAUCCUCAAGAUAAUCAGAUUCCUUCAGGAAGUGUCAAAUAAGUGUCACAGAUUAGUCUUGUUUUUUCCAUACAUCAGUGAGAAACACAGGUCAGGAUUACAGGCAUGUAAAAAACUUUUAUAGGGCAAUAAUUUUCAUUUUAGAUGUACAGCCAUUGUUAGGAUCAGGGUUGUUAUUGCUAUAUCUUAACACUUAAAAUGGUUUAAGCAUUUUAUUCACUUACACCUGGAGUGAGUGGGCAAGUGAUUAUGGGUGUAGUGUCAUCUGGGUAUAAAUGGAAACACAUAUUUCAAAUGCUUUUUGUCAAGCUUCUUCACUGUUGCUUUGGCACUCAUGUUCCUCAUGAUAGUCCUGCUACUGAUCUGUACAUCUCUGAUGUAUAUAUGUCCAAUGAUGGGGAAAACAUCCUCUGGUGUAGGUGCCACCGGAAAAGAAACUGUGUAAAUGUUCUCUAAAAAUCAGAUUUUAGUAUUUUUGUAACAUAAAAUCUAUGAAACCUACUGCUCGUGUUGCCUGUGCAAUCAAUUCCUGAUGUUUUGACUCGCCGUGUCAGAUAAUAAGUGGUACUCUAAUCUGUUUGUGUGAUCAGCAGUUUGUGAUCAGUUUCCUAUAUUUGUGUCUAAAACUUGAAUGUACAUACUUAGAUGCUUUUGCUUUCUGACUAGCAGCAUGCAGACCCACUUUUUAUUGCCAUGAAUCUGUAUGCUCGCCUGGAAAGUCUUGCACAAUAAACUCAAACAAAGAUGUA